AGGGAUUAUGUCAGUAGAAAAAUCUAGUCUGGGUGCCCCAUCUUCUUGCACAGCUAGGGAGACAGGACCUGAGAGGAGGCUCUCAAGGGAAGUUUCAGCCCGAUAGAGUACUCAGUGCCCACACCCUCCCUGCCUAUCCGAUGCUGUGCCCUGGGGACUCUAUGGAUGACUGAGUCUGGGUCCCCCCUCCCAGAGGUUCCUGUGGCCCCUUUGGGUGGUUCUACUGCCCCUUAGGGUGUGGAUCUAGGGAGGAACUCUGACUGUUCCUUUUCUUUGGAGGAAGAUUCUGCCUUUGAAACUCCCCACCCAAGGGCGUGUAGUAAGAAUAAUAAUAAUGUUUACAUAGCGCUUUUUCCUCCUUCGACCCUAUGCAGAUAUAUUUUUCCCGUUUAUAGGUGAGGAAAUGUGUCCUGGCUAUGACUUUAGCCCUUGUAGGCAGGAAUGGAGAACCCCACUUUGGUUGCCUGGGUCCCCUUGCUUGCCCCAGAUUUCCCUUCUGUGGAAAAAAAGAGAAUACCCAAUUAUCUUGGGCUUCCCCACUAAGGUCCUCCUUGGGUGGACAAGAAUUGGCUGGUUUAUUCCCUAUCUCCCAGGGGUGGGGAGGGAGGUGCUGGAAAGAGAAUUUGUCCUGGUGAAGGGUAAGAAGAAAUGAAAGGAAAGUGAUCCUCAGACUUGUUAAUUAGAAUUUGAGUAAAAAGACUGGGAAUGGGGCUGGUAGCCUAGAGAUGCUGUGGGGUUUGCAAAGCCAGGGGCAUUCUGGGUCCUAGGACUAUGGGCUGGCUCUUGGCUGUUUGAUGUUCUGGAGCACCCUUCCCUGUAGAACCUUCACUGGAAUCCAUGUGGCUCCAGAGCUCAGAGGGGAAGUUUUUCAGAAUGACUCUUAAGAUCCUAAGAAAUCCUGACAGAGAAAGGCAUCCUUCUACCCUGAUUAGGGCCUUGGUCUGACAUGUAGUAGUUUUUCCUGUAGUUGGGGAUGGCUCCGCCAAGCCAUCCACCCCACUUUGGUGACCAGAAGCACCUUUGUAGAACCCUUUCUGGACCCCUCUUAAGAUUACUUCCUGUGUAUCUAGUUUAUAGCUUCUUUGCAAGUAUCUGUUUUCAUCUUGUAUUCCCUUUGUGAUUGUGAGUAUCUGGUCUUUUGCUUUUCUCCGAAUCCUCAGUACUUAGCAUAAUACCUGACACACAGUAGGGGUUUCAGAAAUACUUUAGUUGUUAAAUGUAUUAUUUUACUAUAUAUAAUACUUGUGCAUGUAAAAUUCUAUAUUAAAAAUAAAAGGCAAAUUUUAGAAUACAAAUGUACAUGUAGAAAUCUAUAAUAAAAAUAAAAGGCAAAUUUUGGAAUACUUACAAAUGUACAUAUAGAAAUCAAUAAUAAAAUUAAAAGGCAAAUUUUGGAAUACUUACACAUGUACAUGUAGAAAUCGAUAAUUAAAACAAAAGGCAAAUUUUGGAAUACUUAUAUAAUGUAGAAAUCUAUAAUAAAUAAAAACAAAAGGCAAAAUUUGAGGGUUAGACAAGAGACUAUUGCUUUGACUCCUGAUCUUGGUGUCCUUAGCACCAUGUCAGCCUCUUUAAAGGAAGAAAACAGACCUGUCCAAAUUUUUGGCGGGAUCCUCACCUAGAGAGGAGGCAUUUCAAUGACUUCCACCACCCAGUUUCUCUGCUCUAAUUAAAACAGUCACAAAAAAAACCCUAAACACUAUCCACUUAGAAAAAGAGGAAGAGAAACUGGGGGUGAGGGUGAGUAGGGCGAGCUGCUCCUCCAUUUCCUAGAGGAGUUCCUGGGACUGCACAGAGCCCAGACUUAAGGGAGGAAAGACCUGAAGACCCUGAAGAGAGGAAAUGAAGCUGGGAGUCCAGGGAAGGAUGGGCACCAUCAGCAACUAGGUAAUAUAAUAGAGUGCUGAACUUGGAGUCAAGAAGACCGGAACUCAAAUCCUGAUUCAGCCACUUACUAGCUGUGUGAGUCUGGGUCUGCCCGUCUGCCAUGACCCUCCCCGUGCCACAUCCGCCUCGGCGGGUGAGACUCAAGCCUUGGCUGGUGGCCCAAGUGAACAGCUGCCAGUACCCAGGCCUUCAGUGGGUUGAUGACAAGCGCAAGUUCUUUUAUAUCCCAUGGCGCCAUGCUACCAGGCACGGCCCCGCCCAGGAUGAGGAUGAUAACACCAUUUUCAAGGCCUGGGCCAAAGAGACUGGGAAGUACACAGAAGGCGUGGAUGAGGCAGAUCCUGCCAAGUGGAAGGCCAACCUGCGCUGUGCCCUCAACAAGAGCCGAGAGUUCCGCCUCUUUUAUGAUGGACCCAGAGACAUGCCGCCCCAGCCAUACAAGAUCUACGAGGUUUGCGCCUCCUGCUCUGCUCCCGCAGAGUCCCUUCCUGGUGAAGAAGAUGAGGAAGAUGAGGAGCUACAAAAGAUGUUGCCAACUCUGAGACUCACAGAAGUACCACAACCCGCCGCCUCCAUGGUCCCCUAUCCUUUGCCGAAGGAAGAACAGAAGUGGCCGUCUACCAGUCUUCAGCCGUCUCUUGGGAUGGGCCACUCCCCUCCUGAGCCUCCGGUCCUGGCCCCUCCACCCGGCCCCCCUGCUAAUUAUGGGGAAAUGCUCCCCGGAGGCCUCCCAGGCUUGCCCCCUGAGCCGCUGGCUGCCAACCUGGCUCCCCCUGCAGAACAACUGCUUCCCGACCUGCUUAUAAGCCCCCACAUGUUGCCGCUGACUGACCUGGAGAUCAAGUUCCAGUACCGAGGCCAGCCACCCUAUUCCCUCACCAUCAGCAACCCCCAGGGUUGCCGCCUCUUCUACAGCCAGCUGGAGGCGACCCAGGAGCAAGUGGAGCUCUUCGGCCCGGUCAGCCUGGAGCAGGUGCGCUUUCCUGGCCCAGAGGGCAUCCCCAGUGAGAAGCAGCGCUUCUACACCCAUCAGUUACUAGACGUGCUCGACCGAGGGCUCAUCCUGCAGCUCCAGGGCCAGGAUCUCUACGCCAUCCGCCUUUGCCAGUGCAAAGUGUUCUGGAGCGGGCCUUGCGCCAGCCCCUCCGCCACACCGCGACCCAUCCAGCGAGAGAAGAAGACCAAGCUUUUCAGCCUGGAACAGUUCCUCAACGAGCUGAUCCUGUUCCAAAAGGGCCAGACCACGACCCCACCGGCCUUUGAGAUUUUCUUUUGCUUUGGGGAAGAGUGGCCAGACAGAAAGCCCAAAGAGAAGAAACUCAUUACAGUGCAGGUGGUACCGGUAGCAGCCCGACUUCUACUAGAGAUGUUCUCAGGGGAGCUUUCCUGGUCAGCGGACAGCAUUCGGCUGCAGAUUUCAAACCCAGACCUGAAGGACAGGAUGGUGGAGCAGUUUAAGGAGCUCCAUCACAUCUGGCAGAGGCAGCAGCGCCUGCCGCCCGCUCCCUCUGUGCCUCCUGGACAGGGCCUUCCCACCGGCACAGGGCCCUGGCCCAUCCACCAAGUCGGCAUGCACCAGUGAGGAGGCAGCUCCUCACCCAUCCCUCACGAGCGUUUAUACCAGAGCUGACCCCAGUGUGCCCAAGGCCCAUGGUCCAGGCCUUGUCUGCUGAAGUGCUCAGAGGGAGAGGGCUGAGCACAGCAAGUCCUGGGCUCUUCCCACCAGUGGGAGCUUGAUAGGGAAGGCUUGGAACCGGAUUCCUGGGACCUUGGAGAAAAGGGCAUUGCCUUCUAGUUAGGUUUCCACCUAACUUUUCCAUUCUCCUCACUUUCAAUGGAAGGAAAAAAAGGGCUGCCAGCCAGGCAGCCUUCGACAUAGGGCAGUGACAGCUUCCAGAAACUGAGAUCUCAGCAUAUUGCUCCCUCACCAUCUAUAGCUGUUGUCCUCAAUCCUCAAAAACAGGACAUUUGUUUCCCAAAGGAGCCACAAUUAAAGGUGGUAGCUACUGCCGCUUUGGAGGUCAUAGCAAACAACAAAUGGGAUUUUGUAAUAGACUUUUAAAUUGCUGCGAGGAAGGAACUGUAGCUGGAUAACAUUAAAAAGUUAAAUUUGUCUGAAUCUCUCUUACCUGUUUCUAGACUCACCCUUCCCCCAACCCCUCUCUGAUAUAAGCCAGGCAGGACAGGAUGUCUUGUUUCAAUUCUCAGUGGUCUCCAACCAAAUGCUGGUGCAACAGGAUCCUUUCCCAAUUACCACAAGAAUGACUAUCAUCUGGGGUACACUCACAGGGAUCAUCACAACCCUGAUCACCCACAAACAUCCCAUCUCCACAAUUCCUGUAAGUGGACAUCACCUCCAGUCUUUACCAUUUCUCCAUCUC